CUGUUUGUUUCAGGUGUGUCCCUGUAGGCUACUGUGUCAGUGUGAGGCGUGACACUUCAGUAUGAGUAAUCCUGAGUAAUCCACGCUCCUUCCAUUCAAUACAUACACAGCGAGGAGACAAAUGUGACAACUUAUUGCACUCUGACUGAAAACAAUGUGGAAAAAUAUAUGGAAUAAGGUGUUCAUGGUCCUGAUGGUGGGGAACCUGUUUGUGCCCACUGACACAAAGUACACCAGUAGAGAAGGAAAGUCUCGGAGACGGAAACUGGAGUCGCAUCCUCGCCGGAACGCCUCGUCUGUCAGAAUCUCCCCGGAUCCGAUGAUGACAGGUCCAGAAUCAGGUGUGAUGCCCGGUGCUGUUGAAAUUGACUUUGACAAGAGUAUUGAGGACAUGGUGUCUCAGGUCCGAAACAAUCCCAACUUAUCCAUAAACAAAUGUGUGGUGGAUCGCAAACUUUGGAUGUCCAACAGUCGCAGCCUUUCUCCCUGGUCCUACAGGUGGGUGUAA